UUGUCGCGAGGCGCUGGCUGCCCCCGCGCCCCGGCCGGCACCGUGAGUAGUGCUCUGCGUGUCGUCCCGUGCGCACCCCGGGGCCAUGUGCUGUGGCUGCCUGUGCUCCGUCCUGUUCGGCCUGCUCGUCUCGGCGGUCCGCGGUGUGCUCCGGUGCUGCAUCCCCUUCGUGUGACGCGCGCCUGCCGACCCCGGCCCCCUCGCCGACGCCAUGCUGCUGGACUCCCGACACUUUGCGCCCUCGCCCUACCAGCACGGCACCGUCGGCUGCCUGAGCCUCGUGCCCGCGCCCGGCCCCGAGCUCCUCUCCGUGGCCGAGAACGGCAACUUCCAGGUCAUGUACCUGCGGAGCGGCAACCUGUCCCUCGACGCCGGUCCGGGACUCAACACCGGGGACCGCCUGGAUGCCAUGGACGCCAUGGACACCCCGCUGCUGGAGCUGGGCACGCCGUUGGAGACCCAACUGGACUCCCAGCUGGACACCAAGAGCCUGUUUGUGGACGCGUUCCAGUACUGGAGGCAAGACGCGGACGCCGACUUUGCGUCAUCACCGGUGGUGGAGGACAACGGAGUGGACGAGUGCGUCGACAUGAAGCCGGAUAUCCUGCCGGGCGGGCUGCCGCACAUGAUCCCCGGCUCCCGGCGUUUCGCCGCCGCCGCCACCGCGCCACCCCCAACGCCAACCCCCGAGCAGCAGCCCCAGAGCAUCCUGCUGCACACCGGGGCCAACGUCGUGGACAUGGUUUCCGGAGUGACGUGCAGCGGCGUGGGGCUCGGCGCCCUGGGCGUGCCCUCUCGUGGGGACGUCAUCGGGGACCACAUCAGGCCGUCCAACACAGCCAUCUCGUACCGCCCUGACCUGCGGGGUCAGCACCAGGGCAACUUCGGGCACCUGCUCCGACAGCGUCCUGCCUCCUUUGGUGGAGAGGUGUUCUCGACGUCCGCGUCCUUUAACCAAGUGGUGACCCGCCAACGUCCGCAUAGCGAGGACCUCCAGGGCCUGCACGACAUAAACGUUGCCCACGACGAUGUGGACGAUGACGAGGACGACGAGGACGACGACGUGUUCCUGGCCAGCAACGUCCACUCCGGGGACGAUCCGUUCCCGCAAGCACACCGCCAGCGGCUCAGCAGCAGCGGCAACAGCAACGAGGACGUCAGCGACGAGGACGACCCGAGGGAGGAGGUGGUCUCGGAGUGCCGCUGGGCCGAGUGCGGCCUGCAGUUCCCCGGGCGCGCGCCGCUCGUCCGCCACAUCGAGAAGGUGCACGUGGAGCCGCGGCGCGGCGAGGACUUCUCCUGCCUGUGGCAGUGCUGCCCGCGGGGCGCGCGCCCCUUCAACGCGCGCUACAAGCUGCUCAUCCACAUGCGCGUCCACUCCGGCGAGAAGCCCAACAAGUGCCCGUUCCCAGGCUGCCCGAAGGCGUUCUCUCGCCUCGAGAACCUCAAGAUUCACCAGAGGUCCCACACCGGCGAGCGGCCGUACUGCUGCCAGUUCGCCGGCUGCAACAAGGCGUUCAGCAACUCCUCGGACCGCGCCAAGCACCAGCGCACCCACUUCGACACGAAACCAUACGCGUGCCAGGUACCCGGCUGCUCCAAGCGGUACACGGACCCCUCCUCGCUCCGGAAGCACGUCAAGAACCACAGCGGGAAGGACCACGCGCACGCCAGCGCCCACGCGCACACCAGAAGAGCCGGGUCGACAGGGGACAGCGAGGGGUCAACGAGCUCAGCUUUAUUAAGUCUGUGA